AGCCGCUGACACUGCCCGGUUUUUUUUAUGGAUAUAUUGUAUAUAUGUAUGAAUAACGCGUGUUUUAACCGUUUGCAUAGUUUGUAGCUAAAUUUAGAAUUAGUUAAAUUACAAAUUUAGUUAACAAAUUGUACGGCGAAGGCGAGAAGCAUGCAGCACCUGUUAUUGAUGUUGGCCGCAACCGCGCUGCCAAUUUUGGCGCUAAUUUAUGUUACCGCAUUGUUCGCCCACAAGUUAUAUAUAAAUGUGCGCUCUCGCUAUGAUAUCAAAGUGAAUUGUUGGUUCUGCAAUGACAACACGCGCGUCUCAUAUGCUGAACGCAACAGCUGGACGUGUCCACAUUGCGAGCAAUACAAUGGCUUCAACAAGGACGGCGAUUACAACCGUGAUCUGAACUCAUCCCGUGCCAGCCACAACAACAACAGCAGCGGCAGCAGCGCCACAGUUUGCGCCAAUGCAUAUUACACAAAUGAAUUAAAUGCUCAGCCGCCGGCGAUCAGCAACGGACUCUGUGAUCAGUGUAAUGAGGCGCAACGUUUGAAGGUCGAGAAGUUGGCACAGUUUGAGCCAAAGCACGAGUCACGUUUCGAGCACGAGCUAAAGAUCUAUCAAAAACAAUUGGAGCAACAGUUUCGUCUUUGCGGCAGCUGCGAGCGUCAUGUCAACAAGGUGCUCCACGAGAAGAAGAAAAUGGUGCUGGGCUCCAAGUUUCUCAAUUUUAUCAUAAAAGGCGCCGCUUUGCUUAAGCAACCGCAUUUCAAUCGCUUGGCACGCGUACAACAACAACGACGCCUGCAACGUUAUCAGCUGCUGAUGACGCUCCUCACAGUCCUCAAUGUGUUGUGCCUGCUCUGCAGUUUGCCGGCUGCAACGCGUACACAAUUCAGCAAUCUUCUAGGCGAGACUUUGGGACAUGCCUUGUUCUUUGUGUAUUCGCAUGCGUUGACAUUGAUUCGUGUUCUGGCUGAUUAUGGUGGCAAUUUGUUGGCCGAGCAGCCGUUGGCAGCCAGAUUGAUGCUCUUUGGAGGCACCUUCUCCAAGUUGUUGUUAUACUCGCUGGGAUUGACACAGAUGCAGGCACAGCAGGCAACAUUGAGCAGCUGUUAUACGAGUCUUUAUCCCUAUGCCAUGUUGGGAUUAAGUUUUCUCCACAACAUCAGCGAUGGAUUAAAGUUUACCAGAUUCACAUUGCUCCUUGUGCUGUGGAGCAUCUAUGCCAAAGGUUCCUUGCUGCUCUUCGAGGCCAUCGAUGGCGUCACCUUUCUACUGCUGGGCAGUGUGCUUACGCUGAUUCUCUUGACCACAAAUCGUGGGAAUUCGUUGCUGAUGCUGGCGCAUAAUGAAUCCGUGGGCGACAGUUUCCAUCGCCUGUAUGCGGAUGAAUGCAUCUCGGAUGACGAGACAAUCAGCAUGCUCAGCCAGCAGUUGAGUUGCAAUGGCAGCAGCAACCACAACAGCAUGUCCAGCAUGAAUGGAUCUCAGCAGUUGCGUCAACGUAGCCAGACACAUCACAUAGCACCCUCGGUGCUCUCACUGGACUCAUUGCGUCUGUCCUCUCAGCGAUCGACAGUGCCAGUGCCACCACAGUUGAACUCACCCACGCCCAGUUACCGGACGGCGGUGCCGGCGCCGGCGCCCAGCUAUGCAGCAAGUUGCAUGGACUCGCAACAUCCGUGGCGUGGCAUGAACUCCAUGGCUCCAUCUGGCUAUGGCUGGCAACGAGGAGCAGCUAGUGGCAUUGGUGGAGGCGCCUAUUCGCCAACUAUUGAACGUCGUCCGGCUCCAUCCACAUUGUACGGGGGUCGACCACAGACGCGUUCCACAAACAACUUGUUGUUCCCGGCACGCUUGCAACAACAGCACAAUGGCGACAUAUCCGCCUGGGUGAAUGCCACCAGCGAUUGCCAACGGCAACUGAACAUUUUCGAUGAGCCAAACACGGCCAAUUUGCUCGGUUGCUGCUCGUCGGCAGACAAGCAACAGUUGUCACGUACAUCAUCUCAAUCCUCUGGAUUUGAGUCGCAAUUGGGGCAUCAAAAUCCAGUCCGAAAUGAGCAACAACUCUUUGCCUCUCAUGUCCAACAACAGCAGCAGCAGCAGCAACAACAACAACAACAACUGCGGGUUUCCAAUGGAGCAUUUCUUGAUUUUUAUUGUGCUCCAGACGCGACGUCACAGCGUAAAUUACGUAUUCCCGCUCCAUUGCCAUCACCGUAUUCAACGCAAAGUGAAAUUCACUUUGAUCGUCCAUUGUCCAAUGCUCAGCCCAAUCCGGAUAUACGACCCGGAGACCUGCUUCGCAAGUGGCUGGAUCACAAUAUGGGCGCUAAGCAAAAGUCAAACGGAUAAUUCUCAGCAUUUAACAUUACGUUCAGACGUACGAUUUAAAAUACAGAACUCACAAAACUCAACCAAACUGCCGGCGCAACUAUUUUUUGGGUAGGAUACGCGAGGGGAAAGUAUCCACCUUAUGGACAUCCUACAGUACGGGUAGCAUUGACUUAAACUUAGGAAUAAUCAAUUGGGAUUAUAAAUGGAUUUCAAACUAUUAUAAUAUACAACAUUCAAACAAAUCUUAA